GGCUCCAUGACGACAGCUCCUGAACAGCGGAACCUGUGCGUGUUGUUCUUAUUAUACAUCCAUGGUAUUUUCUGCACAUUUUAACAGCCGUUCCUGCGAAAUAAAUAGAACAUUUUGAGGAAUAAGACACUACCUCUCAUUCGGAGGGAUUUAACGUGUAAUGCGAGCAACUGAUGUCAAGUACUGCUAACCUGUUUUUAUCAUCACCUCCUCCCUAAAUGAUAGGGAGGCUUCAUAGCCAAGAUAAAAACAUAGUUCGACUAAGAUCUGCAUUUUCCUUUUUGACAAACAAAUACAUUGCAGCUGAUGGCGACCAUUGCCAAGAGACCAUCCCUGCAGGGUCCUGUGCCCCCUCCUCGCAAGAAGACCACCCCCAAACCAGAGCUGACAGAGGAGCAGAAGCAGGAGAUCAGAGAGGCCUUUGAGCUGUUCGAUACCGAUGGAUGCGGAUACAUUGAUGUCAAGGAGCUCAAGGUUGCAAUGAGAGCUCUGGGGUUUGAACCAAAGAAAGAGGAGAUCAAGAAGAUGAUUGGUGACGUGGAUAAGGACGGCACAGGGAAAAUCUCCUUCGCUGACUUCCUCUUUGUCAUGACACAGAAAAUGGCUGAGAAGGACUCCAAAGAGGAGAUCCUGAAAGCCUUCCGUCUGUUUGAUGACGACGAGACGGGCAGGAUCUCGUUCAAGAAUCUGAAGAGAGUAGCCAAAGAGCUGGGAGAGAACCUCACAGAUGAAGAGCUGCAGGAAAUGAUAGAGGAAGCAGACAGGGAUGGAGAUGGAGAAGUGAACCAGCAGGAGUUCCUGCGCAUCAUGAAGAAAACCUGUCUGUACUGAAGGUAGAGCACCACAUUAGGGACCAGCGGUGUUUUCACAUUCAAUGCUGCUCAUAUAACAUUUCCAUUCUCCUAUUAUGUCGUGCCAUACAUUUCCUCUUACACUUAUACGGAGACUAUCAAAAGGAUUAGCUGUCAUCAACUGCACUGAAAGGAGGUUGUUAAAGACGGGUGGUUUACAUGAUAAUCUACAGUGUAUUUGUUGAAACAGUAAGAGAAUACUCUCUCUCUGCAUUUUAUGAGAAAUACAGUGAUUAUAUAAACGAUAAUAUGUAGGUAUUUAUUGUCAAGAACUUCUCAGUGCCUACGUCAACACAGUGACAAACACAGUACAUUCCUAUACUUUAAUUGAAUAUACAGCGUGUGCAUUACGUUUCAUCCAUCUGUAUAUGUUUGGUUUACUCUCUUAAUGCCACCGUUUCAUGUUUUGUUACCACUGAUGAUUGGGGAGUGCUCUCACCUCAGUACUUCCUGUGGAUUUGUGCCUGUGCCUCCUAAAAUGGGGAGUAUUCCAAUAUCUUUCAAAUAUGAUUGUGUAUGUAUUUUUCUUGUAUAAUUAAGUAUUUAUCCCACUGUUAUGUCAAACUACUCUAAUAUAUAUAUAUACAAAUAAUCUGUAUUCUUGAAUGUUUUGUAAGAUUCAUAGUGAAUUUAUUGAGUAGAUAUACAGCAUAGAAGUGUUUAAGGUACAGAAUAAAUAUCUUGAAGCA